AUGGCAGCUGAAGAAAUUAAUGAGGACUAUCCAGGAGAAAUUCACGAUUAUUUGUCAGUAUUUGCGAAUUCCAUUGAUGCUGUGGAUGAGAUGCUGAAGAACAUGAUGUCUGUUUCUAAAAAUGAGUUGUUGCAGAAGUUGGACCCACUUGAACAAGCAAAAGUGGAUUUGGUUUCUGCAUACACAUUAAAUUCAAUGUUUUGGGUUUAUUUGGCAACCCAAGGAGUGAACCCUAAGGAACAUCCAGUAAAGCAGGAAUUGGAAAGAAUCAGAGUAUAUAUGAACAGAGUCAAGGAAUUAACAGACAAGAAAAACGCUGGCAAGCUGGACAGAGGUGCAGCUUCAAGAUUUGUAAAAAAUGCCCUCUGGGAACCAAAACCGAAAAAUGCAUCCAAAGUUGCCCAUAAAGGAAAAAGUAAAAGUUAACUUUUUGAUUUUG